AUGGAUCUGCCUGUAAACUUGACCUCCUUUUCCCUCUCCACUCCCUCUUCUUUGGAACCCAAUCGCAGCCUGGGUGCGGAAGACCUGCGCCCUAGUCGGCCCUUUCUCUCAGUUUUCCGAGUGCUAGUUCUGACCUUGCUAGGCUUUCUAGCCGCGGCCACGUUUGCUUGGAACCUGCUGGUGCUGGCCACCAUCCUCAGGGUACGCACCUUCCACCGCGUCCCACACAACCUGGUGGCGUCUAUGGCCAUCUCGGAUGUGCUGGUGGCUGCGCUGGUCAUGCCACUGAGUCUGGUACACGAACUGUCCGGGCGCCGCUGGCAGCUGGGCCGGCGGCUGUGCCAGUUGUGGAUAGCGUGUGACGUGCUCUGCUGCACAGCCAGCAUCUGGAAUGUGACAGCCAUAGCCCUGGACCGCUACUGGUCGAUCACACGCCACCUGGAGUACACACUCCGUGCCCGCAAGCGCGUUUCCAACGUGAUGAUCGUGCUCACCUGGGCGCUCUCUGCGGUCAUCUCUCUGACCCCGCUACUCUUCGGCUGGGGGGAGACGUACUCUGAGCUCAGCGAGGAGUGCCAGGUCAGUCGCGAGCCUUCCUACACCGUGUUCUCUACCGUGGGCGCCUUCUACCUGCCGCUGUGCGUGGUGCUCUUCGUGUACUGGAAGAUUUACAAGGCCGCGAAGUUCCGCGUGGGCUCCAGGAAGACCAACAGCGUCUCCCCCGUUCCCGAAGCUGUGGAGGUGAAGGAUACUACUCAACAGCCCCAGAUGGUGUUCACGGUCCGCCACGCCACCGUUACCUUCCAGACAGAAGGGGACACGUGGCGGGAGCAGAAGGAGCAGAGGGCGGCCCUCAUGGUGGGCAUCCUCAUCGGGGUGUUUGUGCUCUGCUGGUUUCCUUUUUUUGUCACAGAGCUCAUCGGUCCCCUGUGCUCCUGGGACAUCCCUGCCAUCUGGAAGAGCAUCUUCCUGUGGUUGGGCUAUUCCAACUCCUUCUUCAACCCGCUCAUCUACACAGCCUUCAACAGGAGCUACAGCAGUGCUUUCAAGGUCUUCUUCUCUAAGCAACAAUGA